CCGAGCACACCUGCACCCGUGCACCAGGACUGCACCAACAACCUAACACACACACAUCUACAGAAACCCACAGAAACACACUUCAGCACACUGUUACCCCACUACACCUACACAGCCUGUCGCUGUGCAGGAUAUUACAGAUUUUAUAUUGUCAUUAUCACUGCAGGUUACGGACAGCAGCCAGGCCGAGAGGACGCUGAAUCACUGAAUAAAGCUUCUUUAUUACGUCACAUUUCACCAAAACCCCUGAAGCAGCUAUGAGACGUGGAGCGCUGUUACUGGUGUUCAGUGUUAUAUGGCAAUCAUCUUGCUUGAUCGCAGACAUCAAGACUUUAAACAUCCCUGGCAUCGCUGGAGAACCAUCAAUAUCUACUACUUACUUAACAGCCCCAGAUGUUUCCACUGAUCAUCUGUUCUCUGGCACAGACACAGCUAUAACUCCUCAGACCAAAGAUAAGACUGGAUCCUUAAAGGUCAUUAAGAUUUCAACAGAGUCAACCAUCACUACAGUUCCUAAAGCACACACUCAAAUCACAUUGCAGAGAUCCGAACACAUGGAUACAUCCACAGUCUCAGAGACACAGACAGACAAUUCACUGAUUACAGCUGCCCGCAGUGCAUCAUCUGCUACUGUACUAACCUCAACUUCAACUAACAUUUCAAUAGCUACAGAUAAAUACACGUCUUCAAAUAGUAGAAAUGAAAGUUUUGUCACAUCAGCAGGACUCCAAACACAUCAAGAGAAUUCAUCUCAAAAUAUUACAUUAGAAUUACCAUUCACUUCUGAAACCUCUAGAACUUCUAGAACAGAAUUUAUACCCAUCCUACAGAGUAACCACACAUCAUCACCUAACCCAUACCAGGGUAACGCCAACACUUCAAAGAACAUCAAAAUUACAGCCAGUUCUUCAGGCGAUGCUUCAUUUACAAUUUCAGAGGACAUAACCGAGAACAUCUCAGCAUUAUCAGCAAUGUCAGCUUCAGACCUCAGUGCCAAGUCUUCCAGGCCAGCUCCACAAAAUAACCUGAUUAAUCAGAUAAAUUUACAAUCCAAACCACCAGCAAUCACUAAUAAAAUAAACAAUCCAACACCCUUUACAACAGCACGUCUUCAACAAGUAGACAAGUCUGCAUACCAGCGAAUGGAAUCUGAUCCUUCACCUGUUCCCACUACCUUAGACACAUCUCUCGCAAGCCCACCUACAAAUUCAGAAGCAUCAAUUUCCCAGGAAGGCAAAAACCCAUAUAUUUCAACCACUGACUUCAAUCCUGUUUCAAUAUUGGGACUCACAGCUCAACCAAAACUAAUGUCCACAAAAAAUGGCAACUCUGACUCAAAAGGCAAUAGUUCUAACAAAAGCCCUGUCACAUUAAAUUCAAUCAUAGCAUCAUAUCCACCAAUAAUAAACACAAAUCUACCAGACAUUGACCUUAAACCAUCUAUAGAAUCAGUCAGUUACAACACUUUAUUCACAGACAGCAAACCCACCAUUCAAGAUUUUGAGACAACCACAGAACCUGAAACAUUGGCCCAAUCAGUGCUGACCACAACUCUUGCAGCUUCUACCAGUGAAACAGAUGAUCCUACAAUAUAUACAACCACAACCACAAAUUCAACUGAUUCUUCAGCUGGUACUGGAAUCUAUUCUACUGAAGUUCAGGUCACAGCUACAUCCAUAUCUGGAGAUGUUAAGACUUUCUCUACAAUCACCUUGGACUCUUUAUCCAUCAACCAGAGUGAGGAAUCCCAACAAUUUACUGGUGCAACAUCUUCUGAACCCAAUCAGACAAGAAGUCAAACAGGGGAGACCAUCAAUACACUGGAGACCGCCCAAAUGACAACACAUUCAAGCUUAUCAGGAGUAACCUCUAAAGGAAAAUCCGAGCCUCUAACUGAUAGUACCUCAGCAUCUUCAUCUAAUUUAUCAGUCGACUCUAUUACAAGUUCUCUUACCAACAGUACUGCAAAUACCAAAAGUGUUCAAGGUUCUCCAGACAAAAGGUCCGAACAUUUUCAGUCAAAUAAACCAGUCAACAACAUCACACCAUCCACAGCCAACAAACCCACCAUUCAAGAUUUUAAAACAACCACAGAACCUGAAACAUUGGCCCAAUCAAUGUUGAUCCCCACUUUUCCACCUUCUACAAGUAAAACAGAUGAUCCUACAAUAUCUACAAGCAGAGGACUAAUUCACUCAAAUUCAAGCAUUUAUAGAAACUCAAAUGAUUCUUCAGCUGGUACUGGAAUAUAUUCUACUGAAGUUCAGGUCACAGCUACAUCCAUGUCUGAAGAAUCUGGUACUCCAAAUGUGUCGACUACUGAAUCCAACAGUCCAGCAGCAACUGACUGGUUUACAACCAGGUCCCCUUUUCCACCAACAGAAGCAAAUAUAUCACCCUUAUCUUCAACUGUAACACCUACAGACACUUUACACUCCCAUCCAACCAUUACUUCCGAUUCAGAUUCAACACUAACAACAGUCCAGACAUCCUCGCCUACACCCACAGAGUCACUGCCAACAACCAUGGUUUCAUCAUCAAAUCCAUCAAAUGGUGUCACUCUCCAAACCGCUGCAUCCACAACUCCUAAAAGUGCUGAAACCACUAACCCUGAGCUACACACCAUAUCAAGUAAAGAAACAUCUUCACUGGACCACACUACACUUCCUCUAUCUCCAACAACUAUUGAUUCAAAUGCAGAAACAACAAAAUUAACAAGUGCAGAAGGCUCCAUACAUGAAAAAGCGUCAACUACAAUAAUGGAGGCAACAUCUUCUGAACCCAACCAGACAAAAAGUCAAACAGGCGUGACCAUCAAUACACUGGAGACCACCCAAAUGACAACACAUUCAAGCCCAUCAGGAGUAACCUCUAAUGGAAAAUCUGAACCUCUAACUGAUAGUACCUCAGCAUCUUCAUCUAAUUUAUCAGUCGACUCCAUUACAAGUUCUCCUACCAACAGUAAUGCAAAUACCCAAAGUGUCCAAAGUUCUCCAUCCCUAAAUUCUUCUGUAACCCAGACUCCAUAUGCAGACUCUGAUAGCAUCACUUCAAAUACUGACCAGAGUCUUGAUUCAGCAAGUAUGACUUUCACAACCAAAACAGAACCUAAACCCACACCUGAACCUAAAUCUUUCUCUACAAUCACCUCAGACUCUUUAACCAUGGACCAGAGUGAGGAAUCCUCACAAUUUUCUGGUGCAACAUCUUCUGAACCCAACCAGACAAAAAGUCAAACAGGAAUGACCAUCAAUACACUGGAGACCACCCAAAUGACAACACAUUCAAGCUUAUCAGUAGUAACCUCUAAAGGAAAAUCUGAACCUCUGUCUGAUAGUACCUCAGCAUCUCCAUCCAAUUUAUCAGUCGACUCUAUUACAAGUUCUCUUAACAACAGUACUGCAAAUGCCCAAAGUGUUCAAAGUUCUCCAGCCCUAAAUCCUUCUGUAACCCAGACUCCAAAUGCAGACUCUGAUAGCGUCACUUCAAAUACUGACCAAAGUCUUGAUUCAUCAAGCAUGACUUUCACAACUAAAACAUCACCUAAACCCACAGGCUCUAGCAGGUCCGAACAUUUUCAGUCAAAUAAACCAGUCAACAACAUCACACCAUCCACAGCCAACAAACCCACCAAUCAAGAUUUUAAAACAACCACAGAACCUGAAACAUUGGCCCAAUCAAUGUUGAUCCCCACUUUUCCACCUUCUACAAGUAAAACAGAUGAUCCUACAAUAUCUACAAGCAGAGGACUAAUUCACUCAAAUUCAAGCAUUUAUAGAAACUCAAAUGAUUCUUCAGCUGGUACUGGAAUAUAUUCUACUGAAGUUCAGGUCACAGCUACAUCCAUGUCUGAAGAAUCUGGUACUCCAAGUGUGUCGACUACUGAAUCCAACAGCCCAGCAGCAUCUGACUGGUUUACAACCAGGUCCCCUUUUCCACCAACAGAAGCAAAUAUAUCACCCUUAUCUUCAACUGUAACACCUACAGACACUUUACACUCCCAUCCAACCAUUACUUCCGAUUCAGAUUCAACACUAACAACAGUCCAGACAUCCUCGCCUACACCCACAGAGUCACUGCCAACAACCAUGGUUUCAUCAUCAAAUCCAUCAAAUGGUGUCACUCUCCAAACCGCUGCAUCCACAACUCCUAAAAGUGCUGAAACCACUAACCCUGAGCUACACACCAUAUUAAGUAAAGAAACGUCUUCACUGGACCACACUACACUUCCUCUAUCUCCAACAACUAUUGAUACAAAUGCAGAAACAUCAAAAUUAACAAGUGCAGAAGGCUCCAUACAUGAAAAAGCAUCAACUACAUUAAUGGAGGCAACAUCUUCUGAACCCAACCAGACAAAAAGUCAAAGCAGCGUGGCCAUUAAUACACUGGAGACCAAUCAAUUGACAACACAUUUAAGCUUAUCAGGAGUAACCUCUAAUGGAAAAUCUGAACCUCUAACUGAUAGUACCUUAGUAUCAUCAUUUAAUUUAUCAGUCGACUCUAUUACAAGUUCUCCUACUAUCAGUACUGCAAAUGCCCAAAGUGUCCAAAGUUCUUCAGUCCUAAAUCCUUCUGUAACCCACACUUUAAAUGCAGUCUCUGAUAACAUCACUUUAAAUACUGACCAGAUUCUUGAUUCAUCAAGUAUGACCUUCACGACCAAGACAGAACCUAAACCCACAGGAUCUAGCAGCUCUGAACAUUUUCAAUCAAAUACAGGCAAUUUCCUCACGUCACAAUCAAUCAAAUCGUCUCAAACAACUUUUAUGUCGACUGACUCCAGCAAAGAACUGCCAAACAUUCCAACUGAAACAUCUAUAGAAUCACCAGUCAACAACAAUACAUCAUCCACAGCCAACAAACACACAAUUCAAGAUUUUGAGACAACCACAGAACUUAUAACAUUGGAUCAAUCAAUUUUGAUCACUACUUUUACACCUUCUACAAGCGAAACAGAUGAUCCUACAAUAUCUACAAGCACAAGUCUAAUUACAUCAGAUUCAAGCAUUUAUAGAAACUCAGCUGAUUCUUCAGCUGGUACUGGAAUCUAUUCUACUGAAGUUCAGGUCACAGCUACAUCCAUGUCUGGAGAUGUUAGGUCUUUCUCUACAAUCACCUCGGACUCUUUAUCCAUCAACCAGAGUGAGGAAUUCCCACAAUUUACUGGUGCAACAUCUUCUGAACCCAACCAGACAAAAAGUCAAACAGGCGUGACCAUCAAUACACUGGAGACCACCCAAAUGACAACACAUUCAAGCCCAUCAGGAGUAACCUCUAAUGGAAAAUCUGAACCUCUAACUGAUACUACCUCAGCAUCUUCAUCUAAUUUAUCAGUCGACUCUAUUACAAGUUCUCCUACCAACAAGUGA